CACUCGUUAAGAAACAUGGAUUGUCAGUGCAUUCUUCUACUGGUUGGACUGGCUGCCGUCAGCGGCCUUACCGUCCCGGUCACCCAAACCGUAACCGUCGAGGCCAAGCCAAAAGAGACGCAGCCGCACUACAGUUUUGCCUACGACGUGCAGGAUGCGCUGACGGGCGACUCCAAGGCUCAAUACGAGAGGCGCGACGGUGACGUCGUCCAGGGCAGCUACUCGCUCAUCGAGGCCGACGGCACCAGGCGUAUCGUUGACUACACGGCCGAUCCCAUCAACGGCUUCAACGCCGUUGUACAUAGAGAGCCGGCACUCGUCACCGAAGUCAACGCGGCCGUCGUUCCAGGAAUCCCGGCUACGCUCACGAGACCGAGCGGCGGUGUAGGCCCGAAGCCUCCGCAAGUGCCCACCACCGGCCCCGACUCGGACGUCGAGGUGCUCGACGCGCGCUUGAGCCAGCAGUAUCAGGAGCAGCGACCCCGACUUCAGAGCAAACGACCAAGAGCCCAGAGCCUCCGGGUUCGACCUCGCCAAGGUAGCAGCGAUAAACUCGAGUUGACGCCGGAUACCGAAGAGGUAGCGGAAGUAGCCACGCGCGAGUCAACCCCGGAGACUAUUGAGCCCGUGGCUGCAACCCUACCCGUAUCCGCUGUGCCAGUGGCCGAUGCCGUCGUGCAGAGGACUUACGCUACUCCAGCGACCCUGGCCUUCGGUUAUCCAGCCUACUCGGUUUACACGGCCACCUACUCGUCGCCGUUUAGUUACAGUUCGCCAGUCGCGGGCUUGACUUACGCGGCCACUGCUGUCGCGUAA